AUGUCCGCCACCAUCGAGGAAGUCCACUCCGACCACUCGUCGCACGACCACGAGCAUGACCACGAGCAUGACCACGACCACGACCACGACGAGGACCCCACCUCCCAGGCGGCGCUUGACAAGAUCCAGUCGCGCUCCGAGCGUAAGGCCAGGAAGGCUCUGAUCACCCUCGGUCUCAAGAAGGUCCCGGGCAUCACCCGUGUCACCCUCCGGAGGCCCAAGAACGUCCUGUUCGUGAUCGCGAGCCCCGAUGUGUACAAGUCGCCCAACAGCGACUGCUACAUCGUCUUCGGUGAGGCGAAGAUCGAGGACAUGAACUCGCAGGCGCAGCUCUCCGCUGCCCAGCAGCUCGCGAGCGGCGGCGGUUCCAGCGGUGUCCCCAACCUCGAGGGUUCCAGCAUCGACCGUGAGCCCGCUGAUGACGAUGACAUCCCCGAGCUCGAGGCGGUUGAGGAGGACGGCAACGUCGAUGAGACCGGUGUCGACCCCAAGGACAUCGAGCUUGUCAUCCAGCAGGUUGGCUGCACGCGCGCGAAGGCCGUACGGGUAUUGAAGGAGAGCGGAGGUGAUCUGAUCAAUGCGAUCAUGGCCGCAAGCGAGUGA